AUGUCGAUCCAGCUACGAUCGAUUGAGUUUUCUCAAUCUGUCAUCGUCAAUAGCAGGUGCUUUCAUCACCGGUCUACCCUCUCACUUCCGGUUAAGGUGCUUUCAUCACCGGUCUACCCUCUCACUUCCGGUAAACGGUGGUCCGGCGUUCUCUACUUCUUCAACAGAUUUUGCAUGGCCAAAGAGCAAAUGGAUGCAUCUGGUGAUGGUGAUGUAAAGGUAGUCCUGGACUUAUUCCAUGAUGACUCCUUGUCCAAAGCUGGUUUUGCACAUGAGGUGGUUAACUGUAUUCAAGAAUUACGUGAAAUAUCUGAACUUGAACCCAACUACCCAGUGGAGGUCUACUUCAAGUCCUUGGAUGAUGACACAUCAGCAUCUGCCCAAAUUUUAAAAUCUCAGGAAGCAUACAUCAAAGAGGCCAUAGGUUCUCCUUUACUAGACUCUACCCUCAUUUCCGAACAUGCUGUAGUGAUUGCUGAGAAGACGUAUCGCAACAUUUCAAAUUGUGAUUUUCAGAUCACUUUGACAAGACAAACAUUAACAUUUAACGAUAAAGCAAUCCUUGAUUUAUAUUCAGGAAAUGCGAAAUAUGCAAAUGCAUUGGAGGUGUAUUUGUUGUCGAGGGACCACUUCAAUCUCAAAACAGAAUUUCUUGUGGGAAUUAAUCAGAUUAAAGUGGAUUGCAUUGAAGAUCUGCCUGAUGUUGAUGUGGUGUUGGGAGAGCACGUGUUCUUAAACAGUUGGGGAUUAUUACUCCCAAACCACCAACAACAACCCUUGACAUUCUUUUGGUUAAAAAAUGUUGCUUUUUAUGAAAUGGAACAAGGAAGAUAGAAUUUAGGGAAAAUGACUUAUGAGGGUAACUAAGUAUUAAAAUUGUUCAAAAAAUAUCAUUUACAUUUAGUAAGUAAGUAUAAAAAAUAUCAGUCA